UUUUGCAACGGAAGCAUCCUUCCAAUCCCCAAAAUCUUAUCGUUAUAUAUUCAUUGUGCUCCUUGCAAAUUCAAAACACUUGCUUCCGGACCGGACGAGUUCACGAUUAAGUCCGCCCGCUGAAAAGUUCUGAAGCUGUUUGAAUCGCCCAAUUUUUCUUCGAAUUGGCCAAUCGUUGGGAAUUCGAGCAAGAGCUUUACAAGAUCUUAGUCACCGAAGGUACGGUCCCUUAUCUGGGCCAGUGUGUUCCCGAUAAGCCCUAUCACCAACAUCGCCGGAAACAUGGAAAGACCAUCAAAUCGACCACCUCCUCAGUUGGAAGCCGGAGCUGCUGGAGGACAGACAAGAAAAUGACAGACCACAGAUGGAUGCACUUUAGCCACGGCAGCGUGCCGCCGAACGCCGUGGUGGCCGGUCACGACUCGGACGGGGACACCAUCUACGUGGGCCGCGCCUUCUUCCACAACGACAUGCUGCCGGCGAAGGUGAUCCCCAACAAGGGCAAGGCCUACGUGGCGUACGCGCGCGAGGAGCACGAGCUGGAGAACUACGAGGUGCUGUCCGGACACGGAUACGAGUGGCUGCCGGCGGAGAACGGCGAGGUGCCGCCGGGCGCCGUGAAGGUGGGACGCAACGUGGACGGGGAGUACCUGUACGCUGGCAGGGGCUACCACGCCGGCAGCCUGACCAUGGGCAAGGUGCACCCCUCCCACGGCUGCCUGUACAUCCCCUACGACUCCGACGAGGUGAAGAUCUUCGGCUACGAGGUGCUCAGCCAGCCGGAGCGCUGGGUCGACACCACGGCCACGAACAUCCCGGAGGGAGCCCUGGUCGCCGGGCACGACUCCAACGGGGACACCAUCUACGUGGGCAGGGUCUUCCGCAACGGGGACCUGCUGCCCGCCAAGGUGGUGCCGGCCAAGGGCAAGGCCUACGCCGCCUACGCCCAGGCGGAGCACGAGCUCACCGACGUCCAGGUGCUCACCGGGUCCGGCUUCCGAUGGGCGCCGGCCUCCCACGGCCACGUGCCCCCCGGCGCCCUGUCCUCCGGCCCGAACGUGGACGGCGAGUCGCUGUACGUCGGCAGGGCCAUCUACUGCGACAGCCUGAGUGUGGGCAAGAUCCACCCCUCGCACGGCUGCAUCUACAUCCCCUUCGGCGGCGAGGAGGUGCGUCUGGAGAACUACGAGGUGCUGGUGAGGAUCUAAGCGGGCGCACACCCGUUUCUCCCUUUGUUUUAGCUCUUUUUUUUGUAACCCAGAAUAUACAUUUAUAAAAAAUCACAAAAAAAAACAACUAGCAAAAUUGGCCAAACAAUCGUGUAUUUUUCAUCAAGAAAAUCAAUCUACCUCUAUUAAAUAUAAAAAAAGCCCCUAAAACAAACUCUUAAAAACUGUUUUGUUGGAUGUACCAGCUUUAAAAGCAUAUUUACGACAAUUACAUGGCGCCAUAUAUUUUAUUAUUGCAAAUUGAAUAGUUUUUAACUUAAAACUAAUCACAAAAGUUCUUAAUAUGUAGUAUAUUGCUUUAAUUACUGUGUCUAUCAAGUAGCUUUAAAAUUGUUAGAACAUUGUUUGUUUAGUUCUACACACUUUCAAAUUAUUUUUUACAAUAACUGUGGUAAUUAUACUUUUUUGGCACGGAGAUGACAUAAAAAAUUCUAUAAUGCCAACAUUACGCUGAUGCAUUUAACUAGAUAAUUGUUUAAGUUUGUUCUGUUAUUAAAAACUGCAAUCACUUUGA